AGAUCCAGCAAAAGAUUAAUUCACAAAAUGGUAAAAAUCCAAGUCACAUGCAAGACAGACACAUACCUCUGAGGAACUUUUAUGCUGACAGACUAGAUCAAAUGACUCAAGUGCACUUCUCCACGAUCAAUAAAAUAGUUAGAGUGGUCACACACCUUGGAGAAACAUUCUGUGUCAACAGAUGAGCACACAUUGAAGAAACGUAACGUUCUGUGCUGAAGGAUUAGAUCAGAUUAGUCAACAGUGAAGCACCUAUAAACCCACAUUUAGUCCUUUUCAUUUUAGGUCUACGGUUGCUUUCACUGGAGAACAGAAGAGAUGUCCGCCCAAGUCAGACUGAGGCUGCUGCCAAGGGCCAGGUGCAUGUUUGAUGAGCCCGUUCAGGUGAAGGUGGACGGACUGAGGUCGGGACAUGUGGUCACCAUGAGAGCCAGAUCGACUGACGAGAAGGGGGUGGUGUUCAGCUCCUCGGCCUCCUACAAAGCUGAUGAGAGCGGAGAGAUCGACCUGGAGAGAGACCCCUCCCUCAGCGGGUCUUACUUCGGGGUUGAACCCAUGGGUCUGCUGUGGUCGAUGAGGGCAGACACUUUGCACAAAAGGUUUAUGAAAACAAAUUCAAUAAACCCACACGUGGUGAAGUUCUCUGUGCAGGACGAGGAGGAGGGGAAGGGCAGGAUGCUGGCAGAGGCGACCAAUGAGAGGCUUCUGCUUGGAGAGGGGGUCAACCGGCGCCCCGUGAAGGAGGGGAAUAUACGAGGUGUCCUGUUCACUCCCCCAGGUGAAGGUCCGUUCCCUGCUGUGUUGGAUCUGUACACUUUUGGGGGAGGAUUGUCAGAGAAAAGGGCCUCUCUGCUGGCCAGCCAUGGAUUUGUGGUUCUGACUGUAGCACUGUACGGCCAUGAUGACAUGGUGAAGAACAUCAAAGAGGUCCAUCUGGAUUAUUUUGAAGAAGCAAUAGAGUUUUUAAAGAAACAAGAUAAGGUGGGCAGUAAAGUCGGUGUGAUAUCCAUUUCAAAAAGUGCAGAUAUUUCAUUAUCAAUGGCCUCGUACCUGCCAGAUGUUGAUGUCACAGUGUGGAUUAAUGGCUGCUCUGCCAAUACAUUGUUGCCCCUCUACUAUAAGAAGAGCCUGAUCCUCCCUCCAUUAAUGAUCGACAUCAGCAAGGUGAUUCUCACAGAGUCAGGGGCCAUUAAUUGCAAGUAUGCUAUCCAUAAUCCGCUGGCAGAGGAGAACAAGGCCACCCUGGUCCCCAUUGAACAAGCCAAAGGACGUUUCCUGUUCAUGGCUUCAGAGGACGACCUCAACUGGGACAGCAAAGCUUACAUGGAGCAGAUGGUGGAGAGACUGCAGCGUCAUGGGAAGGACAACUUUGAGACUGUGUGUUACCCCGGUGCGGGACAUUACCUAGAGCCGCCUUAUGGUCCCCACUGCCCUUCCAGUUUUCAUGGGGUAGCGGGCAAACCAGUCCUGUGGGGGGGUGAGCCCAGGUCCCACGCAGAAGCUGAAGUCCACAUGUGGAAGAAGAUCCAGGAGUUCCUCAGAACUCACCUGAGCUGUGAUGAUACACAGAGUAAAGCCAAAUUAUAGAUACAAAUGAAUAUCAUGAAGACAUACUAAAGGAUAAACCACCGGCUGGUUAACUGAGAAUAAUUGUAUAAGAAUGUUUUGUAAUGAAGAAAAUGUUUUAAAGUUUGAGUUGAUUGAACAUUUUAUGCGUUUAAAGAUAAUGAUUGAUCAUAACCUGAUGCAGGGUUACUUCUGUUCACAGAGAACUGUAAUGGAACAUUUAAUAUGUCCAAAUUAUUAUUGUUUAAUACUUGGUUCAAUGAACUUCUGUCUUUCCCAACAUAUCUCUAACUUUAUUUCUUCCCACCAUAUUCUUCUUGUGUCUAUCCCAAAUGGGUGAAUCCUCUUCCUCUCCCCUCCCCUCACUGUUUUAUUUGGUCCAACACCUGCAACUGUGUGAACUCUCCAUCCCCCUUCUCUACUCCCUGUCUUUGUGGGUCAAAUGUGACAAUCUUCCACCCUUCCUUCUCUUUACUGUCUGUAAAAUACAUGAACACAGACUGAUUGCACCCUGUAUGAUCCUUCUUUGCAAAGAAUAAAUACUCCAAAGACGA